GUGGUAUGGAGGUUUCAGUCGUCACUCCACGGGCAUUCCAGAAAACGAUGAGCGACGCAGUCCUUGCCACUCCCGCGGUGUCGGCGCCACUUGACACAGGAAACCUUAAGGCAACCUCCAUUAAUGCCAUUACGGACACGUUCGGCAAGCAGAGCGUCGGAGCUACCAGCGCCGCCAAGGGCGCGGAAGUCUCCACGGGCUCGCCGCUAUCUUCUUCGAUUUAUGUGAGAAAUGGGGACAGCAUUCAAUUAGCGGCCAAGUCUCCAGAAGGAGAGCUCGGUCGCGUGCGCUUCGUCGUUGACUCGGCGAUCAGGCAAACGAUUUUGGUUGCGCCGCCCAUCCAAGAGGGUAUUUCCAGCGAGUUGGCUACGUUUAUCAUAGCCCCUGUCGGUGGUGCGGAAGCGGGCAGCGAGCUGAGCUACAAUCAGCUCUUUACCCUUCAAUUCGCUGGGUCUGGCGGCGCCCCUGUCAGUUCGUUAAACAGCAAUCCACCAGGCAUGUCGGACGGCAUUGGGCUGCAGGAAUUCGGUGUCAAGGGCGAAAUGACCUUCAUGUUCAAGGGAAAGGACCCGUCGAAGAUCCAAUUCAACGACGCCAACCUCGUCUUGACAUGCCACGAUGCCAACCGCACGCGCAAGAACUUUAACAACGUCGUGACCAUCCUCAAGAAGUCGAAAACGUCUGGCCACGGCGGCUUCCUCACGACGGCGAAGAAAGGCCCGGCGAUUACGUUCACCGUGACGCGGCCCAAUGUCGUGCCAGCCGCACGGUUGACGUAUCGCGAAGUGAGCGACGUCGAGUCGGAUGCCAUUCGCAGCGAAGCCGCUACGGUCGUGGUGUCGGAAGUGGGAAGGACCACCGACUCGUUUUCCGCGGCUGUCAAGUCGCCUCUGCCCCCCACGCCAUCAGACUCGUUUUCGAAGGUCGACGACGAGAUCGUGUUACCGUAUGUUCCCCCAACGCUGCCCCCGGCGCCAUCUCUGUCCAAACGGCCUUCGUUUGCAGUGGUUUCCACUCCGCUGAAAGAGAUUCCGUUGACGCCAGCGCCCGUGCAGCCUGCCGACGCUCCUGCGACGGCCUCCAUCACCGUGAAGCAAGACAGCCACGACGAAGGCGACGUGGUAGUCGUGCGCAACACGUCUCCUGCCGUCCAAGACUCCAAGGCUGACGGUGUCAAUCCACUUGGCGGAGGCGAAAAGGCGCUACCUUCCAACUCGUGGAAACUGUCGACCACCCAAGUCCAUGAUGAUGAUGCGGGCGACGAGGACGUGGAAGUUGUGCCCCCUUCGGCAUGCGCGCACUGCAUUCUGCAAUAGUCAUAGCCUGGCUAUGGCAGGCAAUUCACAUACAUUAACUGGAUAAAAGAAGCAGUAUUGUUUACAGA